AUGGAGGAAGUACAGGCAAGACAUCGCAAGGAGAAUAAGGACCUCCAAAAUAAAAUCACUGGCAUGAAGAAACAGGCCACAAAAUCCACAAGAAAAGAGAUCAAUUCAAGGUGCAACAGUCUACAGGAAUCUCUUACGGAAAAGCACGUACAGGAGAUACAAGAACUAGAAAAAGACAAGGAGGAUUCUUCUACGGGAGCUCUCAAUGAAGUGACUCCCGAAGAGCUCUUGCUGGAGCUAGAAAUUGCGGAUGAGAAAGAUUCGGUGAGUGCUGUGGAAGCUAUAAAUGCUCCGGUGAAGAAGCGCCGAAACAGACAAAAGGAAAAAUUGGCCAAGAGGGAUGCCGAGGUUCAAAGAAUUAAAGAGGAGGCAGGUAGGGAGGCUGCCCAGCAACCCGACCUUAAAAAAAUGGAGCAAGAAGCGAUCGAUCAGUUGUGUGAUUUUAAAAAACUAAAACCGUUCGAUAUACAACCCGAUGGUCACUGCCUGUUUGCUUCUGUAUUAGAUCAAUUGACUAUGCGUCACAAUCGAAGUGAUCUCGAUAUCCAUCAGUUGCGAUCUCUGGCCUGCCAAUACAUGCGAGAAAAUAAAGAAGAUUUUAUCCCGUAUCUAUUCAAUGAAGAAACUAUGGAAUUGCAGGGCAUUGAUGAGUAUACAAAAGAGAUGGAAACCACGGCAAAAUGGGGUGGAGAACUAGAGAUUUUGGCCCUCGCCAAGUCAUUCAAUUGUCCGAUUAGUGUACUUAUGUCGGGCAGACCUCUGCAUGUAGUUAACGAAGGUAGCGAAAAGCCUGAAUUGAAAUUGGUGUACUACAAACAUAGUUAUGCUUUGGGUGAACAUUACAACUCUUUGCGCGAUGUUUAG